UGUACGGGGUUGACAGUGAACACACUGCCGCUUGCAGGAUUCACUCGCUGCAGGACGAGGCGGGCGGAGGCAUGGAAAUCGUUGCAUGCCACUGUCUCUUUUCACGUUAACGUUACCGCCACGGUAUUGACCAUACUGCUUUUGUUUGAAAUGAAGCUCAGUUGGAUUGUUGUGUAACCGCACAGAGAAAAGGAGGCCUUUCGCUAUACUGGACUGAUGGCUCCAGAGUAACAUGCCAUGGCUUUAAUGAUCCCCCCUGUGAAACUGAAAUGGCUGGAGCACCUGAACAGCUCAUGGAUUACCGAGGACAGCGAGUCCAUAGCCACACGGGAGGGAGUUUCUGUGCUCUACUCAAAGCUGCUGGCCAACAAAGAGGUUGUACUGCUGCCCCAGCAGGUGCUGUGUCUGAAGGGCCCCCAGCUCCCAGACUUUGAGCGCGAGUCCCUCUCUAGUGAUGAGCAGGAGCACUACCUGGAUGCUCUGCUCAGCAGCCAAUUGGCGUUGGCCAAGAUGGUGUGCUCCGAUUCCCCGUUUGCUGCCGCUCUGCGGAAACGUGUGCUGGUGCUUCAACGCGUCUUCUACGCACUUUCCAACAAGUAUCAUGACAAGGGCAAGGUUAAGCAGCACCAGCACUCACUGGAGAACAACUCGGGUUCGGCUGAUCUGCACUCUGUCAGUGAGCGGCCACGGUCCAGCACUGACGCCCUCAUCGAGAUGGGUGUUCGCACUGGCCUGAGCCUUCUCUUUGCUCUGCUGCGCCAGAGCUGGAUGAUGCCUACUGCACCAAACCCAGGUGGAAGUCCUGGGAGCAACAUAAACUUGUGUAAUGAUGUCAUUCACACAGCCAUUGAUGUUGUUAGCUCCCUGCCAGCACUCUCUCUUGCCAAUGAGAGCAAGAUCCCACCAAUGGGACUGGACUGCCUGUCCCAGGUUACCACCUUUCUGAAGGGAGUGACAAUGCCAAAUUCUGGGGCAGAUAUUUUAGGGCGGCGGCUGGCCUCAGAACUACUACUGGGGCUGGCUUCACAGAGGGGUUCUCUGCGCUACUUGCUGGAGUGGAUUGAGAUGGCUUUGGCUGCGUCAGCUGUGGUCAGUACGAUGGAGCAGAAUAAGUUGCUACAGAACCAAGAAGGCCUCAUUAGCUAUGAUUGUUUCAUGAACAUCCUCAUGCAGAUGAGGCGCUCUUUGGGUUCCUCAGCAGAUCGUAGCCAGUGGCGAGAACCCACACGGACCUCUGAUGGCUUGUGUUCAUUAUAUGAGGCGGCACUCUGUCUUUUUGAAGAAGUAUGUCGAAUGGCAUCGGACUACUCUCGCACUUGUGUUAGCCCGGACAGCAUACAGACUGGCGAGACACCUGUGGUGUCGGAAACCUGUGAAGUGUAUGUGUGGGGCAGCAACAGCAGCCACCAGCUAGUGGAGGGAACACAAGAAAAGAUACUGCAGCCCAAGCUGGCUUCGAGUUUCGCAGAUGCACAAACAAUUGAGGCAGGCCAGUACUGCACCUUUGUGAUCUCCUCGGAUGGGUCUGUGCGGGCCUGCGGGAAGGGCAGUUAUGGCCGCCUAGGCCUCGGAGACUCCAACAACCAGUCGACCCUCAAAAAGUUGACCUUUGAACCCCACCGUGCCAUCAAAAAGGUGUCAUCAUCCAAGGGAUCAGACGGCCACACGCUGGCCUUCACCACAGAGGGUGAGGUGUUCAGCUGGGGAGACGGUGAUUAUGGCAAACUGGGCCAUGGGAACAGCUCAACACAGAAAUACCCAAAACUUAUCCAGGGGCCGCUGCAGGGGAAGGUGGUGGUGUGUGUGUCUGCUGGCUACAGACACAGUGCUGCAGUCAGUGAAGAUGGAGAGCUGUACACAUGGGGAGAAGGAGACUUUGGAAGAUUAGGUCACGGUGACAGCAACAGCCGCAACAUUCCUACCCUGGUCAAAGACAUCAGCAAUGUUGGAGAGGUGUCAUGUGGAAGCUCCCACACUAUUGCUCUGUCAAAGGAUGGACGCACUGUCUGGUCAUUUGGGGGAGGGGACAAUGGGAAACUGGGUCAUGGCGAUACUAAUCGAGUCUACAAACCAAAAGUAGUGGAGGCCCUGCAGGGCAUGUUCAUCAGAAAAGUGUGUGCAGGAAGCCAGUCAUCUCUUGCAUUAACUUCUACAGGACAGGUGUACGCUUGGGGCUGCGGUGCUUGUCUAGGCUGUGGUUCCUCUGAGGCCACCGCACUCAGACCUAAACUUAUUGAGGAGCUGGCUACCACCAGAGUAGUGGACAUCUCCAUAGGGGACAGCCACUGCCUGGCCCUGUCACAUGACAAUGAAGUAUAUGCAUGGGGCAACAACUCUAUGGGUCAGUGUGGGCAGGGGAACUCCACAGGGCCAAUCACCAAACCCAAGAAGGUCAUCGGCCUGGAUGGAGUCGCCAUUCAGCAAAUCUCAGCUGGCACCUCUCACAGCCUGGCCUGGACUGCCCUGCCCAGAGACAGGCAAGUGGUGGCUUGGCAUCGGCCCUACUGCGUUGACCUAGAAGAAAGCACAUUCUCUCAUUUGCGCUCCUUCCUUGAGCGAUACUGUGAUGGCAUCAACAGCGAGGUCCCUCCUCUUCCUUUCCCCUCAUCCAGGGAGCAUCAUAACUUCCUCAAGCUGUGCCUUCGGCUUCUGUCCAAUCAUCUGGCGCUGGCCCUGGCGGGGGGCGUAGCAACAAGUAUUUUGGGCCGGCAGGCCAGGCCGCUGAGGAACCUCCUUUUCAGACUGAUGGACUCCUCUGUGCCAGACGAGAUUCAGGAGGCAGUGAUUGAGACACUGUCUGUGGGGGCAACCAUGUUGCUGCCACCACUGAGGGAGAGGAUGGAGCUUCUUCACUCUCUGCUACCUCAGGGUCCGGACAGAUGGGAGAGUCUCUCCAAAGGACAGAGGAUGCAGCUCGACAUAAUCCUGACCAGCCUCCAGGACCACACCCACGUGGCCUCACUCCUGGGUUACAGCUCUCCUGCUGAUGGCCCAGAGGUACUUUCAUCUGGCCCUGCCUUUACAGCUCUCCCAGAGCCUGCCUAUGGCACCACCACAGGCCACCCUGACACUCACCUGGCUGAGAUUCUCAUGAAGACGCUGCUCAGGAACCUUGGCUUUUAUACUGAUCAGGCUUUCGGUGAGCUGGAGAAGAACAGUGAUAAGCUGCAGCAGGGCACAUCCUCCUCUGACAGCAGCCAGCCGGCUCACCUCCACCAACUUCUCUGCUCGCUGCAGAAGCAACUUCUAGCAUAUUGCCACAUCAACUCUGUUACUGAGAACUCCAGCAGUGUGUCAUUGCUCCACAAACAUCUGCAGCUGCUCUUGCCACAUGCCACAGAUAUCUACUCCCGCUCUGCAGCGCUGAUAAAGGAGAGCUCCUGGAAUGGCAGCAUACGGGAGAAGCUACAAGAUGUGAUCUACGUGUCAGCAGCAGGCAGCAUGCUGUGUCAGAUAAUCAACGCCUUACUGCUGCUUCCGGUGUCGGUGGCAAGGCCGCUGUUGAGCCAACUGCUGGAACUGCUGCCUCCUCUGGAUUGUUUGAACAGACUGUUGCCUGCUGCCUCUCCUCUGGAGGACCAGGAGCUGCAGUGGCCUCUUCAGGGUACCUCGGACUUUGCUGAGCCAGCCUCAGGAAUGACCCUGCCGCAGCCCGCACUUUCUUGGGUGUGGCUUGUGGACCUGGAGAGGACAGUCGCCCUGCUAGUUGGACGCUGCCUUGGUGGGAUGCUGCAGGGAGCUCCCACCUCACUGGAGGAACAAGAUACUGUGUACUGGCUCAAAACACCGCUAUUUAGCAAUGGCUUGGAGAUGGACAUCCCCCAGCUAGACACCUGCAUCAGCUCAUUAUUGGAGGCUGCACUGUCUGGUAAUGAGGAGCAGAAACCCUUUGACUGCACACUGCAUCCUGACUUGAGUGUUCUGGUGGAUUUGGCUCUGGGUUCCUCUAAAGAACCUGCCAACAGCCUUUGGAUCAACAUGCACGAGUAUGCAAUUGGCAAAGACUGGGACAAUGCAUCUCUCAGUAAUGAGACCCUAUUAGACACUGUGUCCAGGUUUGUGUUGGCAGCCUUACUGAAGCACACAGGGCUGCUGGGCCAAGCCUGUGGAGAGGGCAGGUAUCAACCAUCUAAGUCCCUGGCAGAAGUCUAUCGCAGUGUUUUUAAGGUACGAAACCGCUUACUAGCCUGUAAGAACAUGGACUUCAUCCAGACCCGAUCUUCUUCUCGUGAGAGGAGGAUUUCCGACAAUCAGGACUCUCUGGACAUGGAUCCCCAGGAGCACUCUUUCACACGCACCAUUGACGAGGAGGCAGAACUUGAAGAGAGGGUUGACCGUGAGAGAGAAGAAGGCCAUCAAGAGCAAGACGAUGAAGAGGAUGACAGGGAGCAUGAAGUAAUGACAGCUGGAAAAAUCUUUCAAUGUUUUCUCUCAGCGAGGGAGGUGGCUCGCAGUCGGGAGAGAGAGCGGGCCAGCAGCAGCACAGGACUGGGCUCCAGCUCAAGGAAUGGAGGAGGAGGAGGUGGAGAGGAAGACACCAUUCUGGCUCAAGAGGGCAGAAGGGGCAGUACGGGUCUUCCAGAAGGCCAAGACCUUUACACAGCAGCCUGUAACUCUGUGAUCCACCGCUGUGCUCUGCUGAUACUGGGAGUCAGCCCUGUACUGGGCGAGCUGACCAAGCAGAACCAGGAAGAAGCUCAGACUCAGUUAGCUACAGGGACACAGGAGUGCCUCAGCUUCAUGACCAGAAGUGAGAGUCUGAGCGCAGAGAGCCGUUUAGUGCAGAGCAGCCCAAGUUACAGACUGAUGAAGUCCAGGAGUGAGUCUGACCUCUCCCAGCCAGAGUCAGAUGAAGAAGGUUACACUUUGAAUGGAAGGAGAAAUGUUGACCUAGACUUGGCAUUCUCCCACAAAAAGAGAGGCCUCCUUCACAGCUCACCAGACUCCCUGGCUGAGUCCUGGUUUCGGGCCAAGCUGAGCCGUCAGCAGAGUUACAGUUCAACAUACGAAGAGUCAGACCUGGACUUGAGCCGAUCGCUGGGCAUCCACGCUCUCAUCGACAACAUGGUCAGCUUCAUCAGUGGUGACGUGGGCUUGGCUCCAGCUUUUAAGGAGCCAGAAGAAAGUAUGUCCACCAGCCCGCAGGCCAUUAUCCUGGCUAUGGAACAGCAGCAGAGCAGAGCAGAGCUGCGUUUGGAAGCACUCCACCAGAUUGUGGUGUUGAUCUCAGGCAUGGAGGAGAAGGGGAGCCAACUGAACAAUGCAGAUCGAUCCAGCGCAGUCUUCCAGUCCUCUUCACUGCUCACCUCUGUCAGGUUGCAGUUCCUGGCUGGCUGUUUUGGCCUUGGCACUGUGGGAACUGGAGUGCUGAAAAGAGAAAACGUGCAGCUGCAUCAUUACCAGGAUGGUGUAAAAGCAGCAAAGAGGAGCCUCCAAAUGGAAAUCCAGACGGCUGUCCAUAAGAUUUACCAGCAACUGUCUGUCACACUGGAAAGAGCACUUCAGGCAAACAAGCACCACAUAGAAGCUCAGCAGCGCCUCCUGCUGGUGACUGUGUUUGCAUUGAGCGUUCGCUACCAGCCAGUGGACGUGUCUCUGGCCAUCUCCAGUGGGCUGCUCAAUGUGCUGUCCCAGCUCUGCGGGACAGAGACCAUGCUGGGGCAGCCCCUCCAGCUCCUGCAAAAACCUGGCGUGUCUCAGCUCAGCACUGCCUUGAAGGUGGCCUCCACACGGCUGCUGCAAAUACUCGCCAUCAGCACGGGAACAUAUGCAGACAAAUUGAGUCCCAAGGUUGUCCAGUCACUGCUGGACCUGCUUUGCAGUCAGCUGAAAAACCUGUUAUCUCAGGCAGGAGUUAGUCUCCUUCAUGCUGGAAAAGAGCAGGAAGAUGGCAAACAUGAGGACAGCGCCGACUCUGAAAGGAAAGACUUCAGAGCUUUGCUGCGCAAACAGCAUACAGCUGAACUGCACCUUGGUGACUUCUUGGUCUUCCUAAGGAGGGUGGUGUCCUCCAAGGCCAUCCAGUCCAAGAUGGCAUCCCCCAAAUGGACUGAGGUGCUGCUGAACAUUGCAGCACAGAAGUGCUGCUCAGGCGUUCCUCUGGUGGGAAACUUGAGAACUCGGCUCCUAGCUCUUCAUGUUUUGGAGGCUGUCCUGCCUGCCUGUGAGGCUAGCAUGGAAGAUGACCAAAUGACACAGGUCAUUGAACGGCUCUUCUCCCUGCUGUCUGACUGCAUGUGGGAAGGUCCCAUUGCUCAAACCAAACACUCGAUCCAGAUUAAAGAAAAAGUUCAGGAGCUUAAACUACAGGGAGAUACAGAGGAGGAAGAUGAGAACCUUCCCAUUCAGGAAAUUUCCUUUGACCCAGAAAAGGCUCAGUGUUGUGUAGUGGAAAACAGUCAGGGGCUGACACACGGCAGUGGGGGUAAAGGCUACGGCCUGGCCUCGACUGGCAUCUCCUCUGGAUGCUACCAGUGGAAGUUCUACAUUGUGAAGGAGAAUCGAGGCAAUGAGGGGACAUGCGUGGGUGUGUCACGAUGGCCCGUGCACGACUUCAACCAUCGCACCACAUCGGAUAUGUGGCUGUACCGAGCGUAUAGCGGAAACCUCUAUCAUAACGGGGAGCAAACGCUGACGCUUAGCAGCUUUACUCAGGGAGAUUUCAUCACCUGCGUUCUGGAUAUGGAAGCAAGAACGGUCUCCUUUGGCAAGAACGGAGAGGAGCCCAAGUUGGCCUUUGAGGACGUGGAUGCCACGGAGCUCUAUCCCUGUGUGAUGUUCUACAGCAGUAAUCCAGGAGAGAAGGUUAAGAUAUGUGACAUGCAAAUGAGGGGAACACCGCGAGACCUCUUACCUGGGGAUCCUGUCUGCAGCCCUGUGGCCACAGUGCUGGCUGAAGCCACCAUACAGCUGAUCCGCAUCCUACAUCGCACUGACCACUGGACCCAUCGCAUAAACAAGACUAUGAUUGAACGACUUCACAAAAUCAAGGCGUGCUUUAGAGAGUCAGCUGGCGCUUCUGGCGGCGGCCUAGGACAAAGGCUGAAAAAGAGCCGCUCGGUGCAGAGCCGCGAGGAGCACGACACUCAGAGAGAAAGCCAGGAGACGCCCACACGGACAGACGAGGAGAAAGGUCGCCACGGACGGCAGCACGGCUUGGGGGAACUGUCGGAGCACCACUUGAGAACCCUCUGCACAGAGGUGUGGCCUGUCCUGGCAGUGAUUGGCGGGGCGGACGCAGGACUUCGGGUCGGAGGCAGAUGUGUGCACAAACAGACCGGGAGGCAUGCUACUCUGCUGGGUGUGACGAAGGAAGGCAGUACCUCAGCUAAGGUGCAGUGGGAUGAAGCCGAGGUCACUAUCAGCUUCCCAACUUUCUGGUCGCCUAGUGACACUCCAUUGUACAACCUGGACCCGUGCGAGCCUUUGCCCUUUGAUGUGGCCCGUUUCCGUGGCCUCACUGCCUCCUUGUUGUUGGACCUCACCUACCUUACCAGCAUUCACGAGGAUACUACAACAAAGCUCAGCGCCCGACGCCACGAGAAGAAGCACCGCAACACACCCUCUACUGGGCACGAGCCGACCGGCAGCGAGGAGAAGACCGACAACGAGGGGCACAACCGUAACGACUCAAAAGAUAACGUUGGAGCCCCUUCAGCUGCCACAACCUCUGACCUACGAGUGUCCCACAGCCUCGAUGAGGUGAAAGCACACGUGGCGCCCAACUCAAAGUCAGAGAGUGAGAUCUCCUCUGUGGCUGGAGGCGGGGUAGGUGGGAAUGAAACCCUUUUCACUUCAUCUGCUCCUGCUCCUGCUGAUGGGAACAGGAAGAAAGGCCAUGAUCAUGGCUGCCGCAGUCACGAGCCCUCUCCUUCCUCCAUCACCACUCAGUCAGAGAUCCAUGCUGUGCAGCUGUCCUACCUCUACCUGGGAGCUAUGAAGACCCUCAGUGCGCUGCUGAGCUGCAGCAAGUAUGCUGAGCUGCUCCUCAUACCAAAGGUGUUACCAGAAGCAACCCCCAGUGGGCACAACGCUGAUCUGAACACCUGCACCAGUGGAAACACAGCUGCCACCUCACCAGUAUACCAGGAUGAGGUGGAGAUGCGGGCAGCUCUGCAGUUCCUCAUGCGUCACAUGGUGAAGCGGGCAGUAAUGCGCUCCCCCAUCAAGCGAGCCCUGGGACUGGCAGACCUGGAGAGGGCGCAGGCUAUGAUCUACAAGCUAGUUGUAAAUGGGUUGUUGGAGGAGCCUAGUGGUGGGAAAGCAAAGCCUGGUGUGAGAAGUGAACCUGAAGGUGAGGGGGAAGUUACAGAGGGUGAACAGUUGGCACAAACCCCCGUCACCACCAGUCCGUCAGCUUCCAGCACCACCUCCUUUAUGAGCUCCUCACUGGAGGACACUACCACAGCUACCACACCUGUCACUGAUACAGAGACCGUCCCUGCCUCGGAGUCUCCAGGAGUCAUGCCUCUCAGCCUCCUGAGGCAAAUGUUCUCCAGUUACCCCACCACCACUCUUGUUCCGACACGUCGAGCCCAGACUCCUCCAGUGUCAUCCCUACCGACCUCUCCGUCAGAUGAGGUUGGCCGCAGACAGAGCCUCACCUCUCCGGACUCCCAGCCUUCCAGACCACAAAACAGAACAGGUACCUCCCUCUCGGACCCCAGCAGCAGGCUGUCCACGUCUCCCCCUCCACCUGCGAUUGCUGUGCCUCUGUUGGAGAUGGGCUUUUCCCUGCGCCAGAUCACUAAAGCUCUGGAAGCCACUGGUGCUCGAGGAGAGGUAGAUGCUCAGAACAUCACCGUGUUAGCCAUGUGGAUGAUCGAACAUCCAGGAACAGAGGACGAGCACGAUGAGCCCCACGCCAGAGGCGGCGGUGUCAGUGGUGAAGCCCCCGACUCGUCCUGUCCUGGUGCCACAGCAAUCACUGGAGCCAAAUCUCUGGAUAAAAACUCAUAUCUGUGCUCUCCCGGGGUCAUAGCCAGCGCAGACACUUCCGAAGUGGAGGAAGGUUUCAGCGAAAGUCCUGAAGGUCUGGAGCAGGACAAUGCAUCUGCAUCCAGCAGUGCCCCACUCAGAGGCCGCUCUGCUGCUGGCAGGAAACACCGCUUUGACCUGGCUGCACGCACACUGUUGGCUCGUGCUGCUGGACUGUACCGCUCGGUGCAGGCCCACCACAGCCAGUCACGUCGGGAGGUCUCGUCCUUACAGCAGCAACAAGACCCAGGUGCACUUUAUGACUUCAACCUGGAUGAAGAGCUGGAGAUGGACCUUGAUGAGGAGACCAUGGAGGCCAUGUUUGGCCAAGACCUCGCUAGUGACACUGACAUUCUGGGAAUGUGGAUCCCGGAGGUACUGGAUUGGCCAACAUGGCACGUGUGUGAGACAGACGAUCGAGAUGAAGUGGUAGUGUGCGAGCUGUGUGAGGCCAACGUGGCCAAUUUCAAUCAGCACAUGAAGAAGAGCCACCCGGGCUGUGGGCGCAGCGCCAACCGGCAAGGCUACCGCAGCAACGGCUCCUACGUGGAUGGCUGGUUCGGUGGGGAGUGUGGGAGUGGAAACCCCUACUAUCUGCUGUGUGGCGGCUGCAGAGAGAAGUACUUGGCAAUCAAAAGCAAAGCCAAAGUCCCCAUUGUGGAAAGAUACAAGGGACAGGCUCCUGACCUUCUGGGAAAGCAAGACAGUGUUUAUGAAGAGGAUUGGGACAUGCUGGACGUCGAUGAAGAUGAGAAGUUGACAGGGGAGGAGGAGUUUGAGCUUUUGGCUGGCCCUUUGGGUCUGAGCGAGCGCAGGAUUGUCCCCGAGGCUGUCCAGUUUCCAGAUAGUGACCCGUUGGGAGCCUCUAUUGCCAUGGUGACGGCAACCAACAGCAUGGAGGAGACUUUACUACAGAUAGGCUGUCAGACCUCAGUGGACAAGAGUUCUUCUGGUAGGGUGACCCUCGGUGAGCAGGCAGCAGCCCUACAGAACCCCCAUGACCGAGUGAUGGCACUGAGGAGGGUGACAGCUGCAGCUCAGGUGCUGCUGGCCAGGACAAUGGUGAUGAGAGCCUUGUCCCUGCUAUCCGUCAGCGGCUCAAGCUGCAGCCUCGCAGCAGGUCUAGAGUCCCUUGGUUUGACUGACAUUAGGACUCUAGUCAGGCUGAUGUGCCUGGCGGCAGCGGGCCGAGCUGGUCUUUCCACCAGUCCGUCCACAGGCCCAGGCCAUGCUGAAAGGCCCCGUGGGACCACCAAGACGAGCAAACCCAUCUCCUGCCUGGCUUACCUCAGCACAGCAGUGGGCUGUCUUGCCUCCAACAGUCCCAAUGCUGCCAAGCUGCUAGUUCAGUUGUGCACUCAGAACCUGAUCUCUGCGGCUACAGGCAUGAAUCUGACAACGGUGGACGACCCCAUCCAGAGAAAGUUCUUGCCCAGCUUUCUGCGUGGCGUGGCCGAGGAGAACAAGCUGGUUACGUCGCCUAACUUUGUGGUGACUCAGGCCCUUGUGGCCCUCCUGGCAGAUAAAGGGGCCAGACUGAGACCUGCUUAUGACAAGGCUGAUAUGGAGAAAAGAGGUCUAAUUGCGCAUUUGUAUGCCCAUCCUUCCCAUAAUCCUUCCGCUGUAGGCCCUCUGGAGCUGGCCAACGCUCUGGCAGCUUGUUGCCUGUCCUCACGGCUUUCCUCGCAGCAUCGCCAGUGGGGUGCUCAGCAAUUAGUUCGCACUCUGGCCGCCCACGACCGCGACAACAACCAGAGCCGUCCGCAGACUUUUGCUGACAUGGCAGGGGACCUGCGAAAGUGCUCCUUUAUCAAACUAGAGGCUCACCAGAGCAGGGUCAUCACAUGUGGUUGGUGCAGUAAGAAAGGCCUUUUGGCUACCAGUGGCAAUGACGGGACGGUCAGAGUAUGGAACGUAACCAAGAGCCAGUACACCCUCCAGCAGACCUGUGUCUUCAAUAAGGAUGACGACUCUCUGGAGGAGGGAAUGUCUGGUUUGGGGUCUCCCAGCGAUCCUUGCCUGUCACCUCUUGCAUGGAGUGUCACUGGAAAGUAUCUCGCCUCUGCCAUGGAGAAAAUGGUCAACAUCUGGCAAGUUAAUGGUGGUAAAGGGCUUUUGGAUGUGCAGCCUCACUGGGUGUCUGCACUAACUUGGCCUGAAGAGGAAGCAGAGUCCUUGUGGUGUGGGGAGCCCAAAGACAUGCUGCUGGUGGGUCGAAUGGAUGGAUCACUGGGCCUCAUUGAGGUGCUGGACUCUUCUGGUAUGCACCGCACAGAGCUGGAACACUGCUACAGGAAAGACGUGGCAAUAAUGCACAUUGCCUGGUACAGUGAAGACAAGCCUUUUGCCGUUGGCUACGCAGAUGGAAAGCUGCUGAUUGGAUCCAAAGAACCUUUGGAUAAAGGAGCCAUUGUUGUCAUUGAUGCACACAAGGAGUCGAUCAGCAGCAUGAAGUGGAGUCCAACGGGUCAGAUCCUGCUGACGUGUGCUAAAGAGGAGACUGUGAAACUGUGGGCCAAUCCAGACUCCUGCUCUGACACGGGCUCUGGCUGGCACUGCCUACAGAGCCUUAGACAGCCCUCCUUGGUUAAUGGUGUGGCCUGGUGCAGCUUGCCUGGAUGCAGUCCGAAGCCCCUCAGCAUGUUCGCCGUAUGCUGCCAGAAUGGUCUGGUCUCUGUCUGGACUGUUCCUCAAGACAUUUCAAACUUCACAGACUCCCGUUCCUCUGAUUCAGAAGGAUGGUGGGAGAAUGAAGCCAAACCCAAGCUAAUGCAGUCCACCCGAUGGUCAGAAGAUGGAGCAGUUUGUGUGUUCCAGCUAAAGGGCCACAUCACUCCAGUAAGAACACUGGCUUUCAGUCCUGAUGGUCUGGCCCUGGCAUCUGGAGGAGUGGGAGGCCUCAUGAACAUCUGGUCCCUGCGGGAUGGCUCAGUACUCCAGACUGUAGUAGCUGGGUCAGGGGCUGUCCAGAACAUUGUCUGGGUCUCAGAUGUGGGCGUGGCUGUCUGCUCCAACAGGUCAAAGGAUGUGUUGGUUGUGAACUGCUCCAAAGAGUUCAUGGCAUCUAACCAUGUGCUGGCCACAUGCCGCACGGCUUUGAAGAAGCAAGGUGUGGUCGGCCUCAACUUGGCACCCUGCAUGAGAGCUUUCCUGGAGAGACUGCCUGUCAUGUUGCAGGAGCAGUAUGCCUAUGAGAAGCCCCAUGUUGUAUGCGGGGAGCAGCUUGUCCACAGCCCGUACAUGCAGUGCCUUGCCUCUCUGGCUGUAGGUCUCCAUCUGGACCAGCUUCUGUGCCGUCCCCCUGUGCCUCCCCACCUUCGACACUGCCCACCUGAGUCUGGCAUCGCUGUGUGGAGCGCCAGUGAGUGGGCAUGGUUGGACUGUUUCUCCACCACAGUAAAGGCGGCAGAGGCUCUUGCUCGAGGUGCAGCCUUCCCCGAGUCCUUCUCCGUUCCUGACCUGGAACCCGUGCCUAAAGAUGAAAUGGCUCUGCUCCUGGACAACAGUAAAUGGUCAGCUAGUAUGGAUGAGCAGAUCAUGUCAUGGGCCACCUCCAGGCCAGAGGACUGGCACCUCGGAGGGAAAUGUGAUGUGUUUCUGUGGGGUGCAGGGCGACACGGUCAGCUAGCAGAGGCUGGAAGAAAUAUCCUCGUUCCAACCAUUGCCCCUUCCUUCUCUCAGGCACAGCAGGUGGUGUGUGGGCAGAAUUGCACCUUUGUGAUCCAGCCCAACGGCACCGUAUUGGCCUGUGGAGAGGGCAGCUAUGGCCGCCUGGGACAAGGCAACUCAGAUGACCUGCAUGUCCUUACUGUCAUCUCAGCUCUUCAAGGUUUUGUUGUGACCCAGUUGGUUACAUCUUGUGGCAGUGAUGGUCACUCCAUGGCUCUGACAGAGAGCGGCGAGGUGUUCAGCUGGGGAGACGGUGACUACGGCAAGCUUGGACAUGGAAACAGCGACCGCCAGCGACGACCCCGACAGAUUGAGGCACUGCAAGGAGAGGAGGUGGUCCAGAUGUCUUGUGGGUUCAAACAUUCGGCCGUAGUCACAGCUGAUGGGAAGCUUUUCACUUUUGGUAAUGGUGAUUAUGGAAGACUAGGACUGGGAAACACCUCAAACAAGAAGCUGCCAGAGAAGGUCACUGCUCUGGAGGGCUACCAUGUAGGACAGGUGGCUUGUGGUUUGAACCACACUUUAGUUGUCUCUGCUGAUGGAAUGAUGGUUUGGGCCUUUGGCGAUGGAGACUAUGGGAAACUGGGACUUGGGAAUUCCACAGCCAAGUCCUCACCUCAGAAAGUGGACGUGCUGUGUGGGAUUGGUAUAAAAAAAGUAGCCUGUGGAACUCAGUUUUCCGUGGCUUUAACCAAAGAUGGCAAGGUUUUCACGUUUGGCCAAGACCGCCUAAUUGGCUUGCCAGAGGGUCGAGCCAGGAACCACAACCGGCCCCAACAGGUACCAGGUCUCUCAGGGAUCCACAUCCAGGAUGUCGCUGUAGGAGCUGAACACACACUGGUACUCUCCUCCACAGGAGAUGUUUACACCUGGGGCAGCAACUCGGAGGGGCAGCUGGGUCUGGGACACACCAACCAUGUUAGAGAACCUACACUGGUAACAACGCUGCAGGGCAAGAACAUCCAUCAGAUCUCUGCUGGACGCUGUCAUAGUGCAGCGUGGACGGCUCCCUCUGUGCCGCCUCGAGCACCAGGCUCAUCUGUACCUCUUCAGCUUGGCCUGCCAGCAGCAGUGCCUCCUCAGUACAGUGGACUUAAAGAAGUGAGCAUCGAGGCAGUGAGGGCCCGUUUGCGGCUCCUCUAUCACUUCUCUGACCUCAUGUACUCGUCAUGGAGACUACUCAACCUCAGCCCUAACAACCAGAGCUGUACCUCCCAUUACAACGCCGGUACCUGGGGAAUCGUCCAGGGCCAGUUAAGGCCCCUUUUGGCUCCCAGAGUGUAUACGCUGCCUAUGGUGCGGUCGAUAGGCAAGACCAUGGUGCAGGGCAAGAACUACGGUCCCCAGAUCACUGUCAAACGGAUCUCCACACGAGGUCGGAAGUGUAAACCAAUCUUUGUACAGAUUGCUCGGCAAGUUGUAAAGUUGAAUGCUUCAGAUCUCCGACUUCCCUCAAGAGCCUGGAAGGUCAAACUAGUUGGAGAAGGUGCUGACGAUGCAGGAGGGGUCUUUGAUGACACCAUCACAGAGAUGUGUCAGGAGUUGGAGACAGGAGUUGUAGACCUGCUCAUCCCAUCUCCCAAUGCCACAGCAGAGGUUGGCUAUAACAGAGACAGAUUCCUCCUCAACCCAUCGGCAUGCCUGGAUGAACACAUGCUCCAGUUUAAAUUCUUAGGUAUUCUUAUGGGGGUAGCCAUCCGCACCAAGAAGCCCCUGGAUCUGCACUUGGCUCCUUUGGUUUGGAAACAGUUGUGCUGCAUCCCCUUGUUGCUGGAGGACCUGGAGGAAGUGGACCUGCUCUAUGUGCAGACACUCAAAAGCAUUCUUCACAUUGAAGACAGCGGCAUCACGGAGGAUAAUUUCCAUGAGAUGAUUCCUCUGGAUUCCUUUGUCGGGCAGAGUGCGGAUGGUAAAAUGGUCCCCAUUAUCCCAGGAGGGAACAGCAUCCCUCUCACGUUCUCCAACAGGAAGGAAUAUGUGGAAAGAGCUAUUGAGUACAGACUGCAUGAAAUCGACCGUCAGGUGGCAGCAGUGCGUGAGGGCAUGUCGUGGAUCGUGCCGGUGCCGCUACUGUCCCUGCUCACUGCCAAGCAGCUGGAGCAGAUGGUUUGUGGCAUGCCGGAGAUCUGCUGCGAUGUGCUCAAGAAGGUGGUGCGCUACAGAGAGGUGGAUGAACAGCACUCCUUGGUGCAGUGGUUUUGGCAGACCCUGGAGGAGUUCUCCAACGAGGAGCGUGUCCUCUUCAUGCGCUUUGUCUCAGGUCGCUCGAGGCUCCCUGCUAACACAGCUGAUAUCUCCCAGAGGUUUCAGAUCAUGAAGGUGGACAGGCCCUAUGACAGCUUGCCCACCUCUCAGACGUGUUUCUUCCAGCUGCGCUUGCCUCCGUACUCAAGCCAGGCUGUCAUGGCUGAGAGGCUGCGCUACGCCAUCAAUAACUGCCGCUCCAUCGACAUGGACAACUACAUGCUCUCCCGGAACGUGGACAAUGCCGAGGGCUCUGACACUGACUACUGAUCCAAGCAGUUCCACACAUGCACACAAAUAAACUCGGCAGAAAUGAGCAGGAACAGCCAGUAUUAUCCAAACUGCACCAUCAUAGGAAACUCUUAAGCAGAUGGGCCAUUCUAAUCUAUUUUAUGUCGAUUAAACAGUACAACUUUUCAUUUCUCUUUGUGGUUUAUUAGCAGUUUUUAUUGACACAAAUUCAUACGAGAAAUGCAUUUAGUGUUUUAUUAUCUUUUUUUUGUGCACAUCCCAUUUUCAGGGUUUCUGCAUGGAGAUAUGUUUAUUUGUUUGGAAAUGUGUAUAGAACAUUAUCAAGCAAGCUGUGGAGAAAGAAACACAUAUUGUACAUUGUGUAAAAUGCUACAUUAGGGAAAAUGUCAUAUUUAUUGUUUUCAUUGCCUAUGCCAAGUUUCCCAAACCAUAUAAAAGACCUGACAAUAAAU